UAUAUCCCUGCUGGCUGUUUCAUUUCAGUUACAUUCUGACGGAGAGAGAGAGAGAGAGAGAGAGUUUUGAGUUUAGAUAAAAAGUUUUAUUAACAGGAAAAACAGACAAAUUGGAGUUACAUAGGAUUAUAAGGCUGGCGGAUUGGUCUGUCUGUCCAAUCAACUGAGCAACAGAUCACUAUGGCCAGCGUCCGAAAUGAACGCAAGAACCAUGAAGUGUACAAGAUCCACAUGGCCACCGCCCAUGAUUGGGAGGAUGAGAAAAGGAAAGGGAAGAAAAUCUCUGAUGAUGGAACCAUGACAUUCUUUUGGCGGGCCCAUACGUUGACCACACUCUUCAUAUUCAGUUUUAUACUGGUCUAUGUAUCGGUCUUUGAAGAAACCUCACCAAACACCAAUUUCAAUAUCAAGAGGGGCAUUGUAGCUGCAGUUUUCACCUUCUUGUUAUUUGGUGUCACACAAACGCCUGAUGGGCCAUUUAGGAGACCACAUCCUGCAUUCUGGCGCCUUGUACUGUGCACGAGUAUAGUUUAUGAACUGAGUCUUGUCUUCCUGCUGUUCCAGACUGUCCAUGAUGCCAGGCAGUUGAUGACACACCUGGAUCCGAACCUAGGAUCUCCUCUUCCAGAGAAGGAUUACGGCGGCAACUGUUAUAUCUUUGAUUCCAACCAUUCAGACCCAUUCCAUAACUUGAAGGACAAGAUGGAUGGUUUCGUAGUAACACACUUCCUUGGAUGGUGGCUUAAGACACUGAUAUUAAGAGACUGGUGGCUAUGUACAGUGUUGAGUAUCAUGUUUGAGGUUUUGGAAUACACUCUGGAACAUCAACUACCCAACUUCAGUGAGUGCUGGUGGGACCAUUGGAUUAUGGAUGUCCUGGUGUGUAAUGGUUUAGGGAUAUACCUUGGCCUGCAGACCCUCCGCUAUUUGUCCCUCAAGCAGUAUCAUUGGAGAGGCAUGUGGAACAUACCCACCUACAGUGGCAAGCUGAGACGCGUGGCUGCCCAAUUUACCCCAUACAGUUGGACAGACUAUGAGUGGACACCGACCAGCAGCCUUAAGCGGUGGAUGGCCAUGCUUGGCGUUAUUGCAAUAUUCCUGCUAGCAGAGUUGAACACCUUCUAUUUGAAGUUUGUGCUUUGGAUACCCCCAGAACACUACUUGUGUCUGGGUCGGUUGACCCUCUUCCUUGUGAUGGGUGCUGUUGCUAUGAGGGAGGUAUUCCAGUACCUUGAUGACCCUAUCAGCGGUAAGCGAGAGGAAAAUACGCAACUAAAACAGCCAUCUUCCACCUGCGCAAGAGAGAAUUAUGGGAUAUUGACAUCCGGGUCUCUUUCUUUCCCACUCUACUCCUCAACAUGGGUCGUAUGCACUGUCCAGGAAAGGGUAUAUCCCAAUCAGCGCUACCAUACCGUCGCUCAGUGCCAACAUGGUUGAAACUGUCAUCAGAUGAUGUUAAGGAACAGAU